AUGUUUCGCGUAAGCAACACGGUGAUCGGGAUCCUGAACUCGCUGUUCCUGCUGCUGGGGCUGGCCUCGAUCGGGGCGUCGAUCUACUUCCACGUCCAUGGCGGGACCAACUGCCAGAAAGUUCUCCAAAACCCUCUCCUGAUCCUCGGCAUCUUCUUCUUCGUGGUCUCUCUCCUGGGCCUACUGGGUUCGUGCUGCCGCCUCAACUCGCUCCUCUACAUAUACCUGGCCGUGAUAUUCUUGGUGAUAGUGGGGCUCAUCGGGUUCACGGUUUUCGCGAUAUUCGUGACGAACAAGGGGAUUGGGCAGGCGGUGUCGGGGAGAGGGUACAAGGAGUAUAAGAUCGGAGACUUCUCGCAUUGGCUGCAGCAUUAUGUGGUGAAUGGGAAGAACUGGGGGCCCAUCAAGAGUUGUUUGAUCGAUGCGCAGGUUUGCAGGAGCCUUGGCAACGAUGUUCAUCAGACUCAGUCCGACUUUUACAAAAAGAACUUGUCUCCUAUACAGUCUGGUUGUUGCAAGCCCCCGUCCUACUGCGGUUACGAGUUCAAGAAUGCAACGUUCUGGGUGGUGCCGAAAUCGGGACCGGAAGUGGAAGACAGCGACUGCAAGACAUGGAGCAAUGGGCAGAAGAAGUUAUGCUACGAUUGCCAGUCGUGCAAGGGAGGAGUGCUGGCCAACAUUAGGAAGGAGUGGAGGCGUUUGGCUCUUUUCAACACCUGUCUCCUUGUCCUCGUCACCCUCGUCUACUGCGUUGGCUGCUGUGCUUCCAAGAACAACCGCUUCUCUACUUAUAACGUCUACAACAAAUAUAGAGGCAGAGGCGGCCCUUGA